CACCAGGAGGAGGGAAGAGAAACUCAGACAGUUCCUCCUCUGUAAACCCCUCUCUGCUGUAGUGCACACCCACCAUAAACACACCUUGUCCACCGUCUCACACGCUGACUGCCUUCCCCUGUGGACUUCUGUGGAUCAGGGCUUUCCAAUCAGGCAUCCGUCACCAUCAGAGUGCGGAAGUCCGACACUGGAUCCGACCCCCUUGAUUAUCGCCAGCCCGUUCCUGUUAACCACCCAGACCGGACUGGACUGAACAUGGGCAGAACCAUAUGUAUUGUGGCCCCGCUCACAGGAAUGUUAGGUGAGUGUCUCCUGCGUGUGCCAUCCAGACUGGAGGCUACAAUGGGGAAUUUUUUCUCCUGUCUGUGUUCUGUCUGGGUGGAUGUGGAGCGAUGACUGCUCUUUUCCAGGGUCUCUUCAGUCUCUUAAGGGUCUCUUUAGUCCACCGUGACGCAGGUUUAGAAUGAGUUUCGGUUCAGCAGGCAGUUAAGGUGCUGUGAGGUGGUCACCGGUGUUGCUGCUAGCAUUUUGUCUGUUUGUUGUUGACACCUUGGGUUGACAAUUGACUAAGAUGGCAUGUAUGUUAAUGUCUAUAUAUCGACAGCAUAGUUGAAAAUAGCAAACUGUCAUUCUAAUGUAUGGGCUGCUGGUGGCUUUUUAACUUCAAAUUGUAGUGUUUAAAAGUAUGAACAGGAAUAUAUCAACAGGAUUAUAUCAAACUGUGCUUUUCUAUGGUCAUCAGAAAUAGAGAAAAUUACACUUUUACCAAAGACAUCGGUUUUGACUUUUUUAUUUUAAAACAUUGUAUAUGUUUGUGCACAAUAUUUGCUUCUAUACUAAAUUGAUUGCCUUUUUAUUUACAGGUCCAGUUUCUGGGAGACAAGAUUGUGGCCAGUGCUACCAGGUGGAGCUCAGUGUUGUGGUGGCGCUGGUUUCCUGUGACAUUCUUUUAACUGUCCUGAUCGCCCUCUCUGUCUACUGCUGUGUGUCACGCCAGAGGAGCAGACCUGGUCUGCACACACAGCCCAGUGAUACAGGAAAAGGAAAACAGCUAACUGCUUCGAAAAAAGCAAAAAAGACUGAGGUCACGGAGUCACCAUAUCAGGAGCUGUAUGGAGUCCAGUCGGACGUUUACAGUGAUCUCAGGCAGUAUCGGAAAUGAGUCUACAGAGCAACCCUGCGAACAUCAGGACUGGAAAGGUUUAUUAUUAUUAUUAUUAAAGGUCAUUCUGAUUAAUAUUUUUCUACUAAGAGGUGGUAUGACCUCAAAGCUUAAUGUGUCACUUUGAUGUCAGUAGCAUGUAUUGGUUGACACGGAGAGGAGUGUGAACUUAUGUUACUGACCACAUCCUAGUCACCUUUAUCUCAUUAACCAGCACUCUCUUUCUUUUCCUGGAAGGGCACGUAGAGCACUAAACAGUCCGUAAAAGCUACCUUGGCAGUGCUAUUUUCAAACUUCCACUUAUUUGUUUAAAAAUCAUUUUUACCGCUUUGUACAAUUUGUAUACAUGUAGACAUUAUGUCAACUUUGUUUGGUAACACUUUACACAAAACCCAGUAUCUGUAAAACAUUAUAAACACAUUCAUAAAGGGUUAUAAAGUAUUAAUAAUGCCUAAUAAUGAUUAACAAAAGUCUAUUUAGUAUCAGAAUGCAUAAAAAAGCUUCUGUAACUCUUGAAAAUGGCACUGAUGACUGUUUAGUCACCAAAUGUUCUUUAUGGAGCCAUAUAAUAAUAAUAAUAAUAAUAAUAAUAAUAAUAAUAAUAAAACUUUAUUUAUACAGCACCUUUCAUGCAAAAGAAUGCAGCUCAAAGUGCUUUACAGCAAAUACAUAACGUGCACAAAGAAAUUACAUGCACAUAAAAAUAGACAUCAAAGAAAUAUAAAAACUCUAUGGGACUCCAUACAAGCUUUCAUGAUAAUAGUUGUGUGGGGCCUUUACUACAACAUCAUAAUCCUUUAUGAGUGCAGUCAUGUCAAUUUAUAAAUAGAUCUAUACAUUAUAUCAGAUGCUAUGAUGCAUUAUGAAUAAUUUAUAGAUUUAUAAACGUGUUUAUAAUGCUUUCUGGAUACUGAGUUGAAUAUGUGUUACCAGUUUUUCUUUAUGUAGAAUAAAUUAUUUGAAAUCAUGUAUUAUAUUAUUCUUUGUGUGAUUGCAUGUACAUUUUGUCAAUGUGUAUAACCUUUUGAAUUGAUUAUGUUAUGUAGAUAAAAUAAACUAUUAUAUUUC